AGGGCUGCGCUGACGUCGCGUUCGCAUGCCGCAGUCAACUGCGAACCGUUGCGCUGCGUUAGUGUCAUGUUUGACGCAUCCGAACAAUCGACUCUCCGGCCACUACGUCCCGAAGUCUACCGCAGAAGCGUCAGAUCCUGCCGCGACGGUCGUGUUUUCCCCCCCGUUCUCAUUCCCCGCUCACUUUUCCACUCGUGACGGCGUACGUAAAUACUGCAGUCGUGAAUGUAGGCGGCGUAGUGUAAAGUAUCAGCUGACAUCUGUCCAGUAAGGCGCUGGUAGCAAUUUGUUUUCGUGUCGGUAGAGAAAAAAAAAGAAACAAAUUUACCCCCGUAGUACAAGGGUAGCACAGCAGUUCAAGAUACUCUUACAGCCUCGGAUAAUUAGCCGAUUCUCAUUCAUUUUGUGUGUGUGAAGCUGUCAGAUCUGCAACGGAUGUGCACUUACAGUUCAACAAGAAAGUAACGUAAGAAGGCUGCACCAAUGGCUGACAAAAAUGUGUGUGGCUUCGAAUCGUGACUCCUGCAGCCUGCAAAGAGGUGACGGGAGCGCCCACGCCCGAGCCCGCCGCGACCGCUGUCUGCGCCAGCCGUCAUGGACCGCGCGAGCCGCCCGCCCGCCUGCUUCGACUUCCCGCUGCCGAAGAUGCCGCUCGCAGCGCAGCCGAAACGCCGCCGCCCCGCCGACCUCAGCGCCCCUGGCGGCGGACCCCGCUGCUAACGCACGGCUGAGCCAGCGAGCGCACGCGCCGCCAUGCCCCUGCUGCCGCGCGGCCACCAAGACGCACAGCUCGACGGCGGGUAGCCGCCGCGCCUAACCUCCGAACCCCGGUCCCCGCUCCCUCGCCCUCGCAGUCCGCCCUGCGCAGCCCCUCCAGUCUGCCGUCUCUGUCCCGAGUCCCUUCAUCGGUGCACGCGUUGUGCCGCGUUUCCGCGAACUGGAGAAAAGUAGUUAGAGGUGAGCUGCAGCGGACGUCACGCUACCUCUACACUACUGAACAAUCUCUCAUGUGCGUUACCAAAUCUGUCCUCCAGCUGAAGUGCUGAAGGAACGAGAGUACAGACAACCCCUUACCAGGAGCGUAAACAAAAUAACUUACAGAACAACAAUAAUUAAUUUUUAAUAAAAAGUUCAACAGUGCCUGAUACAUGUUUUCGUGUUGUGUGUGUCCUGCGAUGUGUACAGUAAUCGCUCUCCUGAAACGUUAAUACUUUUUGCGUUUUGCAAUAAAUACAUAAUUCUGGGCUACAUUUAGCUCUUGUUGGCCUGAAAGCAAUCGUCGAAGAAGAGCCGCUUAAGAAGUAAAUUUUCAGCACUCGUCCUAACAAAACGGUGUAUUAUAGAUAUAACGCUCCAUAUACGAAACGGAGAGAGAUAAAAUAUAUUUAUUUUAAUUUUGCUCAAAAGUUAUUCUCGCUACCUUGGAAAGAGCGUAACUGAAGUGAACAAGGUGCCCAGUAGGACAACGAAUUCCGUGUAGUGAAGCCUGCCCUAUUACGUCGGCGGAGAGGCAGGGAGUUUUCUCCCUCGCGCUAUACGUGUAUCAGUGCUUUGGCGUUUCUACACGGCAGCAGAAGGCAUCGUCAGGAGUAAGCCAGCACCAUGCCAGGAGGACGGCGCGGGCUCGUCGCGCCGCAGAACACCUUCCUGGAGAACAUCAUCCGGCGCUCCAGCUCGCAGCCGGACAGCAGCUUCCUGCUGGCCAACGCGCAGAUAGUGGACUUCCCCAUCGUCUACUGCAACGAGUCCUUCUGCAAGAUCUCGGGCUACAACCGCGCCGAGGUGAUGCAGAAGUCGUGCCGGUGCACCUUCAUGUACGGCGAGCUGACAGACAAGGAGACGAUCGCGCGGAUCGACGAGUGCCUCGAGAACCAGAUCCACGACCAGUUCGAGAUCCUGCUCUACAAGAAGAACAAGACACCGCUAUGGCUGCUGCUGCAGAUCGCGCCCAUCAAGAACGAGCGGGACCUGGUGGUGCUGUUCCUGCUCACCUUCCGAGACAUCACCGCGCUCAAGCAGCCCAUCGAGGCCGACGACAGCAAAGGGGGCCUCAGCAAGUUCGCAAAGCUGGCGCGGUCGGUGACGCGCAGCCGCUCCGUCCUGGUGUCGCAGUUUUCGUCGCACCUGCCCAACCUCAAGGACACCGCCAAGCAAUCUCACCUGGCGCACAUGAUGAGCCUGAACGCGGACGUGAUGCCGCAGUACCGGCAGGAGGCGCCCAAGACGCCGCCGCACAUCCUGCUGCACUACUGCGCCUUCAAGGCGAUCUGGGACUGGAUCAUCCUGUGCCUCACCUUCUACACCGCCAUCAUGGUGCCCUACAACGUCGCCUUCAAGAACAAGACGUCCGAGGACGUCUCGCUGCUCGUCGUCGACUCCAUCGUCGACGUCAUCUUCUUCAUCGACAUCGUGCUCAACUUCCACACGACGUUCGUCGGCCCCGGCGGCGAGGUGGUGUCCGACCCGAAGGUGAUCCGCAUGAACUACCUGAAGUCGUGGUUCAUCAUCGACCUGCUGUCGUGCCUGCCGUACGACGUGUUCAACGCGUUCGACCACGACGAGGACGGCAUCGGCAGCCUGUUCAGUGCGCUGAAGGUGGUACGCCUGCUGCGGCUGGGCCGCGUGGUGCGGAAACUCGACCGCUACCUGGAGUACGGCGCGGCCAUGUUGAUAUUGCUGCUGUGCUUCUACAUGCUGGUGGCGCACUGGCUCGCGUGCAUCUGGUACUCGAUCGGGCGGUCGGACGCGGACAACGGCGUCCAGUUCUCGUGGCUGUGGAAGCUGGCCAACGUCACGCAGACGCCCUACUCCUACGUCUGGAGCAACGACUCGGGCUCGCCGGAGCUCGUCAACGGGCCGUCGCGCAAGACCAUGUACGUGACGGCGCUCUACUUCACCAUGACCUGCAUGACGAGCGUAGGCUUCGGCAACGUCGCCGCCGAGACCGACAACGAGAAGAUCUUCACCAUCUGCAUGAUGAUCAUCGCCGCGCUGCUGUACGCCACCAUCUUCGGCCACGUGACGACCAUCAUCCAGCAGAUGACGUCGGCGACGGCCAAGUACCACGACAUGCUGAACAACGUGCGGGAGUUCAUGAAGCUGCACGAGGUGCCCAAGGCGCUGAGCGAGCGCGUCAUGGACUACGUCGUCUCCACCUGGGCCAUGACCAAGGGGCUGGACACCGACAAGGUGCUCAACUACUGCCCGAAGGACAUGAAGGCGGACAUCUGCGUGCACCUGAACCGCAAGGUGUUCAACGAGCACCCCGCCUUCCGGCUGGCCAGCGACGGCUGCCUGCGAGCGCUCGCCAUGCACUUCACUAUGAGCCACUCGGCGCCGGGGGACCUGCUCUACCACACGGGCGAGUCCAUCGACUCGCUCUGCUUCAUCGUCACCGGCUCGCUCGAGGUCAUCCAGGACGACGAGGUCGUCGCCAUCCUCGGCAAGGGCGACGUGUUCGGCGACUCGUUCUGGAAGGACGGCGCGGUGGGCCAGUCGGCGGCCAACGUGCGCGCGCUCACCUACUGCGACCUGCACACCAUCAAGCGCGACAAGCUGCUCGAGGUGCUCGACUUCUACCAGGCGUUCGCCAACUCCUUCGCCCGCAACCUCGUGCUCACCUACAACCUCAGGCAUCGGCUGAUCUUCCGGAAGGUGGCGGACGUGCGCCGGGAGAAGGAGCUGGCUGAGCGGCGCAAGAACGAGCCGCAGCUGGACCAGAGCCAGGACCACCUGGUGCGCAAGAUCUUCUCCAAGUUCCGCCGCGACCGCGCCGCUGCACAGCACCAGCAGGCGCUGCCGCCGCCGUCGCCGACGACGACGGACGUGGAGAAGGGCGAGGGCGGCGUCACGACGCCCUCUGGGGAUGCGUCCUGCUCGUCGCCGGCGCUGCGCGUCCCCAAGCUGUCCAGCGUGGCCGAGCGCCACGACUCCUCCUCCACCAACGCCGCCAGCUCCAGCAACACCAACGGCGCCAAGCCGCACCGGCCCACCACCAUUCGUGCCUCCAGGUGGGGACGCCUGCUGGGCUCCAGCGGUGGGAGCGUCGACUCGUCUGACGCGGGCAGUAGUUCGGCCGCAGCGGCGCUGAUGUCGCGCUCGCUGUCCAUCCGGGGCGACCACCACGGCGGAAGUGGCGCUGGCGGCGCUCAGGCCAAAAAUGGCGGCGCUUCCUCUUCUGGUGCGGCGCCCGGCUCGUCUUCCUCGCUCGGAGGCAACGGAGGCUCGGGGAAUAAGGUGUUCCCGAAGCUGCCGAAGCCGAUGACGAGGCAGGACACAAUGGAGGAAAUCGUCGAGAUCGAAGACCGUUACAACCGUCCAGGAAGCCUUCGUAAGGUGGAGUCGUGCGACAGCGGCAUGGUCCGCAGUGUGGAGCACAGGCUGAACGACCCCCCAGCCACGCCUCACCCCGUCGUCUCUGGGGUGGCUUCGAUGCUGCCUCCGGCAGAGUACAAGGACCUCGUGGCCAACAUCAUGGACUUCAAGGUGGACGUCAAACUCGAGGUCCAGCGGCUGCACCAGAAGGUGGGCCGCAUGGAGGAGAUGCUGGCCGAGAUCGUGCAGAGGCUCGGCCCCGCCCCCACCUCCGCCCCCGCGCCGGAGGCGGCCGCCCCCGACGCGGCGGCGGCGGAUGUGUCGCAGGUGAGCCUGCAGCCCAAGCCGCAGCAGCAGUCUGCCACGCCCACCUCGUCCUCGUCGUCUUCUGGCGGCGGCGGCGGGGGCGGAACCACCAUCCCGGUCCCCGUCAGCGGGGGUGGAAACGGCGUGGGCGGGCUCGUGCUCAGGAAAAGAAGGUCCAAGUCGCGGAACAAGGGCGCUGCCCCCGGGGUGCCCACCUCCAGCUCCCCGAGGACUUCCCCGACGGAGACGACGAGGAUGCUGCCGCCCACGGAGGAGGCGGACUCAGGGGCCUCGUCAGAGGAGAAGAGGUCCUCGUACCGCCGCUCCAGGGAGUUCCUGUAGCGACUGUCUGCCCAGCUGCCUCGUGCGCACCAACCCUGAGCGAGGGCAGCGCCCACCCGUCACCCGACACCUGGUGCUCGGCUCCGGGUCACGGUAUCCUCAGUGCCUCCACCUGAGUCGUCUUGCCGUCGGGUCCAGAAAGUGUGGUGUGAAUGGUCAAAGUAGGAUUUCGCCACCUUGAGCUUCUACGCAAAGCCAACAUCUGAACCCAAGUUCGCAGUGGAACUGUGUCGCCCGAUCAAGUCGGGAUUAGGUUCGUGGUUAUGAUAACUGCUCUCCUUGGUAAAUGUUUCUUGGAUUUCUUGCCACAUCAGGUUUUCUGUAGUCAAGCUUUCAACGACUUCCUCUGCCUUCAUCGUCAGGCGUUCACCACUGUUCUAAUAGACCAUGUAGUUAAAUCGAAGGUAUUUGGCCGAAUUAUGUCGUGUCUAUGAUGGGGGAACAACAGAAGCAAUGCUGAUUCCAUCAGAUGUUAGGGAAAUCUGCAUACUAGAACUCUGCAUACUUCCCUGUUGCCUUUCAGGAUUGAAUGCUCAUCUCCAUGUAGUUACCAUCCUCGUUAAAGAUAUUAUUAUACAUUCUGAUUGCAAUGCCUUCUGUGAUAGAAGGAUUCCAUAGUUAGGUAACUGGGAACAAUGAGACCAUGGCUGCCUUUUACUGGCAUUUUCUUGGAUGAUCGUGAAAUACAUUGAGUAUCUUGUCUGACCUAGACUGCGCCUAAUUUACUUAAUGUAGCUCCAUAGAAAGAAUGGAGUGCUGUUGACUGAUAAUCUUGUGAUGAUUGAGCGUCUCUGUGUUUUCAUUUCUUAGAUAUACAGUAGCUAAUCUAACAUCUCAUUCAUUUGCUUUCACAACACUUUCCCAGGUACCUGAUUUCAGAAUCUAGGUGGUCCUUGUCAAAAAGAGUUUCAGCUUUGUGUAUCAUUGUGUUUAAAACUGCUCUGUUUUGGUCUCAAUGGUGAAAGCUAUCUAUCAUCGAACGGAAUCUGAAUCACUAUCAAUGUUCCUCCACCAUGAACAUCUCAGUUAGUACAAGAACUUCCAACUCCGUUACUCUGUGAUGCCUGACAGACAGAUUUCCAGUAGUUACGUACAAAAGUAUCACAAGCCAUCAAGUGUGGUAGUUACCUAUUAUCGCUGGUUACAGGGGCCAUCAUUGAAAGAUUGAGUCUAUAAUGGCACGUGAUGUGCUAAGAAUUAUGAGAAACAUGUAUCACAAAAUGUCACCACGAGAAACCUUCGUAAGCGUUGGUACUCUCUACCCUCUUCCUUGUUCAUUUUUAUUGUCACUCUUUGUCUUUGUGGCUAUAUAGCUGGAAUACAUUCCAUUCACAAGUACAUCAAUUUCAGUAUUUGUUGUUCCAAAUUGGUGUCCUCUAAACUAUGGUUAACUUAUACAUCUCCAUAUGAGCAAUAAGGUAGACACCUAUGGUUGAUGAGUUGACAACAUUUAAUUGACUGUGUAGAAUGAAGAUGUAGGUAAAACAAAAAUAUGAUCUUCUGACAAGGAAACAUUACUCACGUUCUGCAGUUGAUAAGGUGACAUAAGAGGUAUGUAAGUUAUGACUGAAAAGCUGAAUCAACUCAAGAGCAACUACCCAAUGAUCUGGAGGGCAAAUGAUAUGUCAGUCCUGAAACAGGAAGACUAAGAUUCAUUUAACAGUUUUAUGGCACCACAUUACUUUAACUGCAGAAGUUACCUUGUGAAAUAUGUUUCUUUCUUUUCAAAUGUGUUAACUCAACUUACAGUCUUAUUUUGCAACUUAAAAGGGCUCUUAUUUCUUAUUUAUAGCAUUUGUUGCAAGUGUCUAGCUUUUUUAUCGUUACUUGUUUGGAACUACAGUUGAGUGUAUUUUGGUUGCAAAUGGAGACAUACUUUUAAAGUUUAGCAUGUCCCCAUACAUCUUUCAGCUUAUCAGACGUGGUACAAAAUAAAGAAAAAAUAAUCUCACCACCAAGCACACCUUGCAGUAUUACGACACUGUAACGUGAUGCAGAUCAUCAGAAAUUCUUCAAAAAAAGAAUUGGUUUUAUUUAAUGUGGCUGAGUCCACUGAAGCUCAAGGUGAAUUAGCGUGAAAAAUCUCUGUUACAAUAUAUACUGAUCGGUGCAGUGGAAAUACUUAUUAGAUUUUAAGAAUCUAGGUAAUGCAUUCUCUAUCAUCAGGAACACCUGAUGUCACUGUGAAUAAAUGACGAUUCCUUUAAAUACAUUUGCUUGUAACUGGUGCUGAAAGUCUCAGAAGCUACGGAAAAAAUUGUAAAUUGUGAAUCUUCUUGCUAAUGGUGCCAGCUGCAGGGUACCAAAUGCCUUAAAUCACAUAGACUUGGCUCGUUUAAGUCGAGCCUUCUGAGCAGAAAUAAAUUUUUUUCUUGUGUUGAUUUACUAGGUUAUCAGACGUGUUUCCAUGUUUGGUGGACAUUAACAUUACUUUCGUGCUUCAGUGAAGAUGAGAGUGGUAACUGCUACACUGUGUGGCUACAAUUGCAAUACUGAAGAAACUUGUUUUAGUUUUAAUAAACAAGCGUCCAUUGGAUGUGUACCUGUUGUAGGUGAAGAAAUAUAUGUUACUGGAGAGGUUUUCUGUAAUAGAUAACCUGAAGAAAGUGUGUGCUCUACAUGCUGUAAUUCAAUAUGUUAAGUCAUAUUUUUUCUAUAACAAUUGCAAAUUGUGAGAGAAGUUUUUGACAUAUGGAUCAUUUUUACUUCAUGCAUAAAAUUUCAUUGGUAUGAAACUGAGGUUUGUGUGGCUGACGAUAAUACAUAAAGUAAUUCAUUAAGCAGACAUCCAUUUGUUAUGCACAUUCCUUGUUACAUUUCUUAUUUUACGACUUUAGAAGCAGAAGUAAGCUUUUAGCAAUAACAAAAAGUGUUCCAAAAAGAUCUAGACUGUGCUUUGCAGGAAGCGUACAGACUUUAUACUUAAGGUGAUGGGAAGUAGAUCAAUUUAAGAAAUGAAGUGAUGGCAAACCUUUUUUAAAACUAUCAUCUCUUUUGUGACUCUUGUAUUUCUAUUUCCUUAUGUUACAGAGGGAACUCGUUCCUAUCUUUGUGGCCAGGCUUGUUUUCAGAUUUCAUAAAUUAUGUGCAGUAUAAUUAUAAAAUUGGAAAACAGUCUAUGACAUUCCAAAUUUGGACCUGAAAAUAGCACUGAGUAUGAGACUGAAGGAAUAUAUUUAUUUUAUGUUGUAAGUAGUGAAUAAUAUCUUUAUACCAUUAAACAUUUUUUCCGUUUUUGCAAUAGCAUUUAUGAAACAUUUUUAGAGUAAUACAAUUACUUUAAACUCAGCAGUUAAUACAUCAAGCUUACUUCUUUUUGUCAUUUUACCUUGUUGAGAAUAUAGCUGGUGGUUUACGGUUUGAGAUGUAAUGAUGACAGUGGUAGAUCAGGACAUAAAAUAUUAGCUCUAAGAGAAAGAAACACUGAGAGUGAAAUAUUAAAAGGUAGAUUAUACCUAGGGAAAUUUUUGGCACACUUUUAUAGCUAGGAACAUCAGAUUCUUUGCUAAAGAUUAAGUAUGUAGGCCAGAAACAAUUUUAAAAUAUUCACACUAGCGAAGUUGAUACUCCGGUAAGAGGUAUUCGUCACAAAUGCUUAGAAACUAAGCUAUUUCCAUCGUUCAGAUAGAAAACCAAAAUUUGUUGCUCUCUGUAUGGAAAUGCCUACACUGUUUGUUGUAACAGCCUUCUGAGAAAACAGCCAAAAAAUGUGUAUUCCAUCUUCUGUAAAUUCUUCUCCAUUACAGCAAUAGCACUCCAAAAUAAAGAUUUUUUUGGGAUUAUGAUUACAAAAAGUACUUAAUUACAAUUAUGAAAGUGUCCUGAAAACCAUAAAUGAAACUAUCUUUGUGUUCAAUUGUUCUGCAAACACAGCAGUUUUUAUCCUUGUGAUACCUGUGUAUGUGAUAUUUCUUUUUGUUUACUUUUUGAUAGAUAUUUGGUCUCAGUCUUUCUCAAUUUCCUUAUGUAAUGCUAAAAACUUGCCACCUCCAAAAUAAACACUUUUCUGGAGUAUCAACUUUCUGAAAAGUGCUUUAAAUUUAUUUAGAAUUUUUUCUGUAGCUACUAGCAGGUUAAUUCCACAGAUAUUAUAUACAAUUGGAGAAAUUUUCAUUUUAUCUUUAUAUUUUUGAGAUUACAUUUUACUGAAGUGAACCACAGUAUAAUGUUCACAGAUCAGUUUCAAUAUAUGAGAUAUUGUGGCUUUUCACAAAUGUUAACUAUUGUCAUAGCAAUAUUGUAGAUUUACAAAUGAAAUCAUUAGUAUGAAAGUAACAAGUGUGUUGUAGAGCACACUCCACAAAGGUGUGCACAUGUGAUAACCAUAGUUGACUUUCGGUAAGUAUAGAACUGCAGAGACAUUUGGAAAAAUAUUUUCUUCUCUCCUCAUAUUUUAUAUUCCAUAACAAAACAACACAUUUAAUCACAAUAAUUAUGUAAUAUUCAAAGUAAUUCAGCUUGUAUGAGCAACAGGAUAAUUUGCAUACUUUGUAGUUCUAAGAGAGGUUGUUAUAUAUUUUUGAUAGGAAGAGACUAAAGAAUUUACGUUAUGCUGGAUGUUCAUUUUCCUUUAACAAGAAGUGCUGUUCCAGUACUGAAACUGAAAUGCUACAUCUUUUUAAGAAAACAUAUUCCUACUUUCCACUGUUUAUUGACUAUUCUAGAGAAGAUAUUCAGGACAGCAUAAAGCAAUAUUGUAAGAAUCACAAUGAAGAAAUGUCCACUUAUGAGAAAAGGAUGCAUUACUAAUGUGUUAUGUUGAGCAUGCAGAGAACUCAUAUUAUCUCUAAUAGGGCCUUUAUUAUUGUUAAUAACAUGAUGCUAAUUUGUGAAAUUUCAAGCUGUGAUAUUCAUGAUAGUAUUAUCUAUAUAAGUAUUAUGUUUCAUUUCUUUGGCUUCCAGGUAUUGUUUAACUUUGUAAUGUCUUUUUAAUUCCACAGACUAGUUAAUGACAAAGUACUUGAAGGAUAAUUUGUGUUAUAUUCAUAUGAACUCCAUAUUUCAUAGCAAACCAUAACAUCUCUAACAUUAAAUAAUCAUGACCACUAAUAACAGCUUACCUUGAAUAACCAUGUAGAUACAACAUAUGUUAUGUCAGAUAAUAAUGCAUACACAUGUUAAGGAUUGCUGUGAUGAUUUAGUUUAUUUAUCAUCCCAAAUACAUAUAGUAAUAUAAAAUAUUGUGAAGCUCAGGAAUAGAAUUUACUGCUUAGCUUAAUUUUCAUCAUUUUGUUGUAUUACGAUCAAUAUGAUUUAUUAAAUGUUACUAAGUUCAGCGCUUUUGAAAUAUCAAACAUAUCACUAUUGUUCCAGCAUACUGCCAAAUGGUUGGAAUACAUUUCAAAAAUAUGGAUCGUAGCUCUGGAUUAUGCUAUGAGAUGCGGACUGGCCAUUUUUAUGUCUUAUAACUUCAACAAAAACCGGUUUACAAAUAAAAGAAGUAAUUCAAUAUAAUAAAAAGUAUACUUUUCUGAUAUUGAACAUGUAUUCAGUGAAAGAAAUGUCACAGAAAUAAAUCUUUUGUUAAUAGAAGUGAAGAUGGAACUUGAUAUUUGAAACCUUAUAUUUCAGUAAGAUAAAAAUGUUGCUAUUAAGGGAAGUGUAAGUAUUUUAUUAUUUUCUGCUGAUGGCAUUUUGAAUCUGUGGACUUUUAAACACCUGCAACAUCUUGUUGCUAUGUGUUUUACCAGUAAGUUGUUUCCCUGUUCUUUGUAAAUAAAUUUAUGGAGGAAAACCUUGAUUAAUUUCUUCUAUGAUCACAAUUUUCUUUUUACACUGUUCCAUGUAUUAAUUUAAACCUAGAUUGAUUUUAUGGUGCUUUUUCAUUAACACAAGAAACUUGAGAUACUCUGCUAGUGUGAAAUUGUGAAUCAAAUAACUGUCCUAAAAGAAGUAAUGUGCAAAAUAAAACUUCAUAGCACAUGGAACCCUUACAAAAUAAAAUUCACAGCAAGCUAUUUGCAUGCACAGUUUGGCAGAAACUGAAUUUUCCACAUCUCCUGUUUAAAAUUGUAGCUGUUAAUAAAUUGUCUAACUAUGCAAAUGAAACUGCUAAGAGACUGUUCACUUAAUUGUAUACAGAAUCUUAUCUUCCACUUUAAAUUUUGCUACCAUACUUGUAACAACGAAAAAGCUGAAUAUUUAUGAGAAGCAAACUUGGUCUCUUCUCUAAUAGAUUGAAGGAUCACUCUAUUCCUUGUUACUGUACUGCUGUAAAUGCCUUAGAAUGCAUGGUACUGUAACUCUCACGAGUACAAGAGAAACUAUGCUGAAAAUUGUUGACUGUGUACAGAAAUUUCUCUGUAAAUAACCAUGCAACUGUUUAUUAAUAAACGCUAUUUCUUCUUAGGA